AUGCACUUCGCUGCGAUGCAAGAUCUACCUAGAUCAGCUCCCUCCCGAGGAUCAAUGUCUACCUACCUAGAUAAUGAUGUCGUCGUCCUUUACUGCGUCAUCACUCAAGUCUCGAAAACUCCAGCCAGGACCGAGUCCCUUAGGGCACUGCCCCCCUCAUAUCAACUGUCAACUGUCACUCCAACCGCGGUCGUCGCCCCCCGCUUCGCCCCGAUGGAUGAUUACAUGCCUGUUAAGCAUGAGGCCGAAAGGUUCCAAGGUGAGAAGCAAGCACCAAGGUACCUCUACUUAAGUAGGUAUUUAAACCUGGAGGGAAGCAAGCAAGCAAGUAAGCAAGCAGUGAUUGAUCGAUUUAGUGUAAAGAUAAUCUGGGGAAGGGGGUUGGUAUUUUCCGUUUUUGCGCUUUUUCAUUGA